CACACGGAGGAAGGGAGCCCGAAAACAGAACCCACAGACUAGCCCAUCUUCAUUCGGACCGGGCCUUCGUCCCCUUUACUCCAUCUCACCCUCACCUUACUAGAGGAGUAGGGGGAGGAGAGGGUGGCGGUGGUAUAGUGAAAAGCUCUAUAUACUAUACCUUUUGCAUUCACAAAGCGCAAGCGCCACUAAUCGCGCCCCCCAAAACUCCCCACCACCAGAGGGGGAGACAAGUCAAGGGAGGCAGGGACAUGAGCAACGAGACCGUGGGCUCGCUCCUGGCCGUUAUCGCGAACUCCCUCAACGAUGGCCUGCGCAUCAUGAUGUUCGCUGACAAGCGAGCCUGGGGUUCCGACGAAUUUGAGCAAUUACGAUUACUUGAGGAGACGCUAGAUGAGGCUAAGAAGGACUUUCAGGAAAUGCCUGCGCUGGUGAAUGGGCGGUUUUAUUACGAGCAUGAUCGAAUAGGCGAGUCCCUCGAAGACCUGCGCGCGCUAUGCACACGUUUCGAGCUACACGCGCGGUCCUUCAAAGACUGGGUUCGCAGCGGCUGCGGACCCAUCGACCCUACAUGGGCGCAAGAAACACUCACGCUCAAACAAGAUUUGCACCGCGCGCAAUGCCGUGCCGCGCGGCGCAUUUUCGGCGCGCAACGCGUGGAUCGCACAGAUGGUGGAGCGAGGUGUCUAGGUGCUUUGCAAGUGUAUCGCAUACAGCAGCAACGGAAAAAACGGUAUGUACCGGUGGAGGAAGAGAGACGGGCUUGCGCGCAGACAGGCAAGUUCCAGAGGUUGGGCGAGGCGGAUGUUGCGUUUGUGUGUGAUUUUUGUGAUGGCUUUUUGGUUUGGGAGGACUUGCGUGCUGUUCCGACUACGAGGUUACAGCAGCAGUCGCCGACGCAGGGGAAUGGGAGUGCGGGUGGGAGUGGGAACGAGGAACCUGCGUCUGCGGUGAGUACGACUUCGACGACGGGGUUGGCGCCGGAUGGGAGCGUUCAGAGUAGUGGGGGGAAUGAUGCUACAGGUGCUAGUACGAAUGCUCUUAAAAAUACUACGACUACGGAAAGCGAUGGUACCUACAGUAUAGACUGGCAAGCCCGUGGAAUUACGAUGACGACUAGCGAGGCCAAGGUUGUGGUGUUCGCUCCAGACGCUAUCGCGAACCACCUACCACCCGAGAUAGGCGAGUGGCGAUCACGAAUCUUGUGCUCGCUUUGCGAUGACUACUUUUACGAGGAACAAGGCGACGAUGAUAUGGACCGGGUCCGGUAUAUGCAAGAUGACCGUGGAUUCGAAGAUAUCAAGACAUUCCAAGAGCACCUCGAAUGGACCCACGGGUCUAUGGUACCGAGUACUUCGAGCUGUGAGAUCAUGUGAGAAGGGGAGGGGAGGGGAG